AUGCCCCAGUCAGCGGCGGUCAUUAGAGGAAUCCAACGAAUGGUCCUGUAUGAAACAAGAGCAAGGUAUUUUCUGGUGGGAAGCAAUCAAGCACAGACAAGGCACAGAGUCUUGAAAAUUGACCGGACUGAACCCAAGGACCUGGUGAUAAUUGAUGAUAAGCAUGUUUAUAACCAGCAAGAAGUACGCGAGUUGCUUGGAAGACUGGACUUGGGGAACCGCACAAAAAUAUCUCAAAAAGGUUCAGCGGGCCUUUACAGGGCGGUCUCUGCCGUUGGUAUAGUAGGCUUUGUACGAUUCCUUGAAGGCUAUUACAUUGUUUUGAUCACAAAGCGCAGAAAGAUGGCUGACAUUGGGGGCCAUUCCAUUUACAAAAUUGAAGACACCACCAUGAUCUAUAUCCCCAAUGACUCUGUAAGGAUCACCCAUCCUGAUGAAGCAAGAUAUGUGAGAAUUUUCCAGAAUGUGGAUCUGUCUAGCAACUUCUACUUCAGCUACAGUUAUGACUUGAGCCACUCUCUACAAUAUAAUCUAACUUUACUGCAAAGGCCUUUUGAACUGUGGUCAGCUGUGCCCAUCGCUGAUGAUGAGAAGCAUACAAAAAGCAAACAGGACUGUUUUGAUAUCUUUGAAGAUGAAGGUCUGCCUACACAAGUGGUUUAUGGCGUCCGGAACGAGCCGUACCACAAAUACGUUUGGAACGGUAAGCUGCUGGAGCGCAUCAAGGACAUUGUUCAUCCGGACUGGCUCAUGUACAUAAUCCAUGGCUUUUGUGGCCAGUCCAAGCUGUUGAUUUAUGGUCGCCCUGUUCACAUCACGCUCAUUGCAAGACGCUCAAGCAAAUUUGCUGGGACCCGUUUUCUGAAAAGAGGAGCCAACUGUGAGGGGGAUGUUGCAAAUGAGGUGGAAACGGAGCAGAUUGUCCACGACGCUUCGGUCAUGUCGUUCACUGCUGGAAGUUACUCUUCCUACGUGCAGGUGCGAGGGUCUGUUCCAUUGUACUGGUCACAGGACAUCUCGACCAUGAUGCCUAAGCCUCCCAUACGAUUGGACCAAGCUGACCCAUAUUCCCAUGUAGCUGCCCUGCAUUUUGAUCAGAUGCUGCAACGAUUUGGUUCACCAAUCAUUAUUCUCAACCUGGUUAAGAAACGAGAAAAAAGGAAACAUGAGAAGAUUCUAAGUGAAGAGCUGUAUCCAGCGGUGAUUAACCUGAACCAGUUCCUCCCUCCAGAACAUUGCAUCGAGUACAUCGCAUGGGACAUGGCUCGCUACACCAAAAGUAAACUGUGCAACGUUUUGGACCGUCUGGGCAUGAUCGCUGAGAAUGUGGUGAAAAGGACUGGUUUCUUCAUCAACCGUUCUGACUUCUACUGUCACUCAAUACGACCAGAUGAUAGAUGGGAAGAUGUUGGUGGACAUGUCACUUACGGGGGACAACUGCAGACGGGGGUGCUGCGGACUAAUUGUGUAGACUGCCUGGAUCGAACCAAUACUGCACAGUUCAUGGUGGGAAAGUGCGCUCUUGCCUAUCAGCUUUACGCACUCGGAAUGAUCGACAAACCCAAACUCCAAUUUGACACGGACUGUGUUAGAUUGUUUGAGGAGCUUUAUGAGGACCAUGGAGACACUCUUUCACUGCAGUAUGGUGGCUCCCAGCUUGUUCAUAGAGUCAAGACGUACCGCAAAAUCGCCCCCUGGACUCAACAUUCCAAAGACAUCAUGCAGACACUGUCCAGAUACUACAGUAAUGCUUUCUCAGAUGCUGAUAGACAGGACGCCAUCAACUUAUUCCUCCAAGUGUACCAGCCGGCGGAGGCCAAGCCACACUUAUGGGAGCUGCCCACGGACUUCUACCUGCACCAGAGCAGCACCAUGACCCUCCCCCAAGACAGACGCAGCUACACGCUGUGGUGGACACAGGGAGUUCUGUCGCACCUUCCAGUGCCAUUUGAUGAAGUCCCUUGUGGAGAAACUAUGAAACAAGUGGAAGUCAAGAUAGUGAACCGCUUUGACGAGAGCAUUGACAUCUACACAGAGUUCUUCAAGCCGUACGAAAUUACCUCGUUUGAUGAGACUUUCUGUAUUGCAAUGACUAAUUCUGCCAGAGAAUUUAUGCCUAAAACUGUUGGACUAGAUCCAAGUCCAUUCACUGUUCGAAAGCCGGAGGAAACUGGAAAGUCAGUGCUGGGAAACAAGAGCAGUAAAGAAGAGGCUGUGAUUCAGAGGAAGACUGCAGCCAGUGCACCACCCGCCCCGAGCGAGGAGGCCCUGUCCAGCUCUUCAGAGGACGAUUCGGAAGAGGAAAAGGAAGAUGACGCCUCUGUGUCUCAGCGCUCGACGCCCGUCAAACUGCUCACAGACUCUGUGGAAAGCACCCGCACAAUGGAGGACACGCAGCCUCAGCAAUUCAAGGAGCCAUAUGGACUUAACCUGUCAGAGCUUCCUGAUGAUAAGGACUUACUCAUGUAUGAAAGGUUUGCUUAUCUCGGUGAGAACCAGUAUCAAGUGGAGAAGAAUAAGAAUGCAAGAGUCUCAGGCGUCCUUCCUCUGGAUGUGGUCUCGUGUUUCCCAGACGACAGUGUGUUUGAGGUGCUGGCUCCACAGGUCGACUCCGACAGUCGCGACGUGUUCCAGCGCCAUGUGCUGACGGGACAAGGCCAGCUGAGGGCGCUGUGCCGAGAGGACAUGCUGAUGUACCGCGAGUACAUCAAGAACAGAUACAUGUGA